AUGCCUUCCAACACAAUAAUUGUCACUAACAUAUCUGAUGAGCUCAUUAGAGAUCCACAGCCUUUAGUGGAUUUCCUCCUGCUAUAUCCCUACACCAUCAAAGCCACUAGUCUUUUCCGGUUCCAGAGAAUCAUUCUCCAAUGUCACUCUGUUGAAGAUGCAGAAAAGGUGUUUCUUCUUCUACUUGAAAACUUCCCUCAAUUCACCUUUACUUACUCGCGUAUUGAUAACAAUCACGAUGAGGUUGACUCUUUGCCAUUACCGGAUAAUUCUGAAACUCGUCGGUUCUUAAUUAGUCCUCCAGUGUCUCCACCUCCAGAAUGGGACCAUUGGGAUAAAGUUGAAGAAAGACCCCACUCGAAACCUAUCCAUGCUCCAGAAGAACUCGAGCAUCUACUCUGGAUGAAGUUGGGUGACCAACAUGAACAUAAAGAGCAUAAACAAAGCGAUCUGUCCUCCCCAACGCAGUCUUCUAACUCUCCCUCUAUGAGAAAGAUAUUUGAUCUUGAUCAUGGUCAUCUGAAACCCCACACUCGUGUUCUUUAUGAAGGUAAUGGUGACCUUCCUAUGAUUCUCCUUGACAGUAUAGAAGAUACAGGUAUUGAUAUCAAACUGAAAAAGCCCUUAGUUAAAACUGGUAUGCCUCCAAUACGUACGACAGAUUGA